GGAGGGGGCGACUACGGAGGGUUAACCCCUUGUGUGCGGGGGUGUACAGAGGAUUAACUCCUUGUGUGAUUGGGGGUGUACGGAGGGUUAAUCCAUUGUAUGUGGUGGUUGUAAUGAGGGUUAACCCCUUGUGUGCGGGGGAAGGGGGGGUGUACAGAGGAUUAACCCCGUGUGAGCGGUGGUGUGUGUGUGUAAUGAGGGUUAACCCCUUGUGUGCCGGUUGUGUACGGAGGGUUAACCCCUUUGUGUGCUGGUGGCGUAUAGAGAGUGUACAGAGGGUUAACCCCGUGUAUGCUGGGGGGGGGGGGGGGUGAAGAGUUGUCCCGUGCACUGAUACGUCUCUGUGCUGUCAGCUCUCGCCUCCAGUCCUAGGAAGAGGCCAUGAGCGAGCGGAGAGAAGCCGCACACAUGUGGGACCCUCCCGGCUCAGACGACGAUGACUGCCCUAUACCUUACACAGGUAGAGAGAUGAGAUGAACGCGUUUGGACCGAUGAAUGGAGCUGAAGACGAGAACACGUUGUACAUCCAGCAGUGCGGCGUGAUCUUAGACUGUCACGACGACGUUGACGACAUUUCUCAGUCGGUUCCAGGUGAAGAGAGCGAGGAAAGCUUCUUUGAUUCUGAGAAGAAGAAUUGCUCACCUCACAGCGGCUCAGCCAAAGCGGGCCCCAGCGGCAAAGGGACGAGCAAGCUGUCUAACAUCAUAGCCCAUCUACAGAGCUUGGCCAGCGAGCGGGAGUCGUCCCGCAGGGAGACUGGGGUGGAGGAGAACGACGCUUUUCAGAUGGCUGAAAGCUCUUAUGGUUAUGACACACAGGAUAUUCCCUUUGAAGAUCACGCCGAGCACUUGGCCUCCCCCAGGGGGCGCUCACACUCCUCAGAUCAACGCCUAAAAGCUUUUAAAGCCAUUAAAAUCCUGCAGGACACUGACUCGAAGGACAAAAAGUAUAUUUGUGUGGAGUGUGGUAAGACUAGCCGUUACAAGUCUGCCUAUCUACGGCACAAGAGGACGCACACUGGCGAGAAACCCUUCAGUUGUACCGAUUGUGGUAAGUGUUUCCGGAGGAGUUCUCAGCUGGUAACUCACCAGCGAAUCCAUACCGGUGAGAAGCCCUACACCUGCCUGCGCUGCGGGAAGAGCUUCAGCUGUAACUCCACCCUGGUGACCCACCAGAGGACCCACACGGGCGAGAAGCCUUAUAUCUGCAUUGAGUGCGGUAAGGGCUUCAUCCACAGUUCUGACUACAACCGUCACCACCGCGUCCAUCGUGGAGAGAAGCGCUACACCUGUAAGGAGUGUGGGAAGAGCUUCAGCCAGAGCUCCUACCUGGUCAUCCACCAGCGCAUCCACACCGGAGAGAAACCAUUUGUGUGUAAUGAUUGUGGAAAGUGUUUCAGCCGCAACUCUUCACUGGUGACGCAUCAGAGGGUGCACACCGGCGAGCGGCCAUACACCUGCGCAGAAUGUGGAAAGAGCUUCCGCCAAAGUUCCCACCUCCUCAUCCACCAGAGGACACAUACUCCAGACAGUCACCUGGCGCUUCGUGCCAUGAUGUGAGAGGUUGCAUAGUGUUCUUGGUGCCGUCAGUGCACCAGAGGGAACUGUUGGGGUCACCCCCUUCCAAAGAUGAUUGCAUAGGAAAGAAGGAACUUACAUAAUGGCCCAACUUGUAUAGGGUGCGAACCACCCUCGUCGACAAGCUGAGGUCCUGAACUUCCCGGUGCUAAUGCAGAAGUCUAGAAGACCCCUCCCCCGUGACUGCCCCAUCCGUUUCCUCAUUGUGCACUCACUUCAGGUCAUUCUUUGCCGUAUGGUGUGCCUGUCCCUCCCCUCCCCCACUAUUUAUACUUGAUGGUUAGCUUGGAAGCCUGAGCCCGUCGGCAGUCUCGGGUAGAGUCGCUGUCCUAAGCUGUGUAGUCCUGAUUGCAUGCCACUAUCUCAGCCAGUAAACCAUGUCUAACCUAGUCAGUUCUCUGCUAAACUUUGACCCGUCAGCCUGUGCUGCUUUACAUGAAGGAGUCCGGGGCGUGUGUUCCAGAUGGUUUGUGCAUGUCCCGUCAUCCCAGACAAGAGUCAAGGUGGCAGAAGAGGUCAGCAGAGACUUCCUGUGUGGCUGGUACAUGAGGAGGCCUGCUAGGUGACCACUUACUGCAGGUGUCAUGUGGAGAACAGGUGGAGGUUCCCAGCGUCACUGCGUGCAGUAUCUGACUCUAGCCUGUGUUCACAUGAGACGGUGAUUCCUGUACAGGCCUACAUCCCAGUAUUUCAUUUAGUGACGUCCUGUUGGAUUGUGGAUAGGGAUGUGUAAGGUGGGAAGCAGAACUCUGGAGAGUCCACACCUUCUGUCCCCGACGCCAUGACUUUUGUCUGGGGGGUGGGAAUCAUGUGUCGUAUACCUCCAGCCCUGGCUCCAUCACUCACCCUGUACACUCGUGAGAUGUUCUCCAGAUAUGGCUGGAGCACAACGUAAACACAACCAUGGUCCUGAGACCUGGUCUUUGGUUUCUGAGAUCUUUGUUGAGGACAUUAGCUGCAGCUCCGGUCUAGAGUGAAGGAUCGUCACACAUGACACUAUUAUUUAUAAGUACUCGUAGAGGGCGAUGCAUCAGCCGUAUGGGCGUCCACCGCUCACUGAACACUACACCUGCUGUUCUCACCGCUCUCUAAGUACAACGUUUUCUCGGAAGCACUUUUAUACUGUGACUGUUGUAUCA